AGAAAAAGGAGAGCAAGAUUUUAAAGUUUUUGGGAUUUAUGUGGAAUCCUCUUUCUUGGGUCAUGGAAAUUGCUGCUCUUAUGGCCAUUGGAUUGGCCAAUGGAGGGGGAGAGCCUCCAGAUUACCAAGACUUUGUUGGUAUUGUUGUAUUGCUUAUCAUCAACUCCACAAUCAGCUUCAUCGAAGAAAACAAUGCUGGAAAUGCAGCUGCUGCUCUCAUGGCAGGUCUUGCCCCCAAGACCAGGGUACUUAGGGAUGGUAAAUGGACUGAGCAAGAAGCAGCAAUCCUGGUACCUGGUGAUGUGAUAAGCAUCAAACUUGGAGAUAUUGUCCCAGCAGAUGCUCGCCUUUUGGAGGGAGACCCACUCAAGAUCGACCAAUCUGCCCUUACUGGCGAAUCCUUACCUGUCACGAAGAAUCCUGGCGAUGAAGUUUUCUCUGGCUCUACUUGCAAGCAAGGUGAGAUCGAGGCUGUUGUUAUUGCCACUGGAGUCCACACCUUCUUCGGCAAGGCUGCUCAUCUUGUUGACAGCACCAACCAAGUUGGUCACUUCCAGAAGGUCUUGACAGCCAUUGGAAACUUCUGUAUUUGCUCGAUAGCAGUGGGGAUGUUGGUGGAGAUAAUCGUGAUGUAUCCAAUUCAGCACAGGAAAUACAGAGAUGGAAUUGAUAACUUGUUGGUGCUACUCAUUGGAGGGAUUCCAAUCGCCAUGCCGACUGUGUUGUCAGUGACUAUGGCAAUUGGGUCACACCGGCUUUCUCAGCAGGGUGCCAUUACAAAGAGGAUGACUGCUAUUGAGGAGAUGGCUGGGAUGGAUGUGCUUUGCAGUGACAAGACAGGCACCCUCACCCUCAACAAGCUUACAGUUGACAAGAGCAUGAUUGAGGUAUUUGUCAAGGACAUGGACAGGGACACUGUGGUCUUGAUUGCUGCCAGAGCUUCCAGAGUUGAGAAUCAGGAUGCUAUUGACGCUUCAAUAGUAGGAAUGUUGGCUGACCCCAAGGAGGCAAGAGCAGGGAUUACAGAGGUGCACUUCCUGCCCUUUAACCCUGUAGAGAAGCGCACUGCCAUAACCUACAUUGAUUCCGAUGGCCACUGGCAUCGUGCUAGCAAGGGUGCACCAGAACAGAUUAUUGAUCUCUGCAAAAUGAGCAAUGAAGCCAAGAGCAAAGUCCACGCUAUUAUCGACAAAUUUGCAGACCGGGGUCUUCGUUCCUUGGGAGUUGCCCGACAGACGGUACCAGAGAAAAACAAGGAAAGUGCAGGAGGACCAUGGCAAUUUGUCGGGCUGUUGCCUCUCUUUGACCCUCCAAGGCAUGAUAGUGCAGAGACCAUUCGCCGAGCCCUUAAUCUCGGAGUCAAUGUCAAAAUGAUCACUGGUGAUCAGCUUGCCAUUGGCAAAGAGACUGGGCGUAGGCUUGGCAUGGGUACCAACAUGUAUCCCUCUUCCUCUCUUCUGGGCCAGUGCAAGGAUGAGUCCAUUGCAUCGAUCCCUGUUGAUGAGCUCAUUGAAAAGGCUGAUGGAUUUGCCGGUGUUUUCCCUGAGCACAAAUAUGAAAUUGUAAAGAAACUGCAAGAGAGGAAGCAUAUUUGUGGAAUGACUGGAGAUGGUGUGAAUGAUGCGCCGGCCUUGAAGAGGGCAGACAUAGGUAUUGCUGUGGCAGAUGCAACUGAUGCAGCCAGGAGUGCUUCAGACAUAGUAUUGACAGAGCCUGGACUGAGUGUGAUUAUAAGUGCUGUUUUGACCAGCAGAGCCAUCUUCCAAAGAAUGAAGAACUACACCAUCUAUGCAGUGUCCAUCACAAUCCGUAUUGUGCUUGGAUUCAUGCUCAUUGCACUUAUCUGGAAGUUUGAUUUCUCUCCAUUCAUGGUCCUCAUCAUUGCCAUUCUCAACGAUGGGACCAUUAUGACCAUCUCCAAGGAUAGAGUCAAACCAUCUCCUGUGCCUGAUUCAUGGAAGCUCAAGGAAAUCUUUGCCACCGGUAUUAUUCUGGGCACCUACCUCGCUGUGAUGACAGUCAUCUUUUUCUGGGCUGCGCAUGACACCGACUUCUUCUCAGAUCGCUUUGGUGUGAGAUCCAUCAGGAAAAACGAUGAAGAGCUUACUGCAGCUCUCUACCUUCAAGUGAGUAUUGUGAGCCAGGCACUCAUCUUUGUCACCCGUUCAAGGAGCUGGUCUUUUGUUGAACGCCCAGGUCUUAUGCUAGUCUUUGCCUUCCUCAUCGCUCAGUUGGUGGCCACACUCAUUGCUGUCUAUGCCAAGUGGCAUUUUGCUCGAAUCAGUGGCAUUGGCUGGGGAUGGGCUGGAGUCAUCUGGAUUUUCAGUGUUGUUUUCUACUUCCCUCUUGAUAUUCUCAAGUUCUUAAUCCGCUAUGGAUUGAGCGGCAAGGCUUGGGAUAACCUGCUUCAGAACAAGACUGCUUUCACAACAAAGAAGGAUUAUGGGAAAGGAGAGAGAGAGGCACAAUGGGCUUUGGCUCAACGUACUUUGCACGGCCUUCAACCACCAGAGACAUCAUCGCUCUUCAAUGACAAAAGCAGCUACAGAGAGCUGUCUGAGAUCGCUGAGCAAGCUAAGAGAAGAGCUGAGGUUGCAAGGCUAAGGGAGCUGCACACUCUGAAGGGACAUGUCGAGUCGGUGGUGAAGCUCAAGGGACUUGACAUCGAGACCAUUCAACAGCACUAUACUGUCUGAAAGAGAGACAAGUACGGCAUGAAUUUAUGACGUGUGUAGCCAAGGCAUUUGAAGACAAUAAAGGCUGAUGUUGCUUUUUGUUUUUUUAUUCCUUCCCUCUUCCUUUUCAAUUUUCCUUUUUGUUUUGACUGUGGUAAAGCAGGGAAGAGGAGGGAAGUAUUUGGGAAUAUUUGGGGAAAUAAUACCAUGGACAUCAGCAUUCUCACAUGAUCUAUUGUUGGAAAC